AUGAUCACUCCCGGGUCUCCGGUCAGGUUGGUUCCUGGAACACGCCGUCGAUCUUCAAAUCUGGCCAUCUUAUUUCUCGUCAUCCUAGCUUUACUCUGGUCUUUGUUCUUUCAUGGGAACAUUGGACACGACCGAAAUGUUAAGCCCGACGCGAUCCGGGACCCCUUCGACGCGAUCGCAAACAACACACUAGGUUUUGAGAGAAUAUUUGCGAUUAGCCCGGUACAACUCUUAGACAGACGCGAUGCGAUUGUACUUGCAUCCUCAGCUACAGGAUUUCACGUCGACUUCAUCGACGGGUUUGUCCUCGAGGAAGACAGCGCCGAGGGAUUGAACGAAUCGAAGAGCAUUGAAGCCUUUACUGCUUUCCGCCCACAUGCGAAUGCUGUACAGAGAAUCGUCGCAGAUGGGAUCGCAAGUGCACUGAUACUUGAGGACGAUGUUGACUGGGAUAUUAAUAUCAAAAUGCAAUUAAAAGGACUUGCCCUAGGCUCUCAGCAAAUACCAAAGAUCAACGCCCCAGAAAGGAAUGCGACCACAGAUUCUCCGUACGGAGACAGCUGGGACGUUCUCUGGAUCGGUCACUGUGGUAUGAAAUGCAACGGCUCUUCCCCUAUUCAGGUGAUGCCUCACGACAUAACGGCGAUGCCAUCUCGCUACCUCCCGCCUUAUUCGUAUGAUCCCCCAGCUGGAACCGGGAAGAAUGUCCGGAUGGCAUGCAUGAUAGAAAAGGCGGCAUGUAGUGCGGCGUACGCUAUUACAUACAGGGCGUCCCAAAAGAUCCUCGCUGCUUUGACACGGCUCACAGACGAUGACAAUAUGGAUUUUCCAGACCUCCUUAGUGAACUCUGUCACAAUGGCUCAUUGGAGUGCUACUCGUCUUACCCGUCGCUAGUUGGGAGAUGGAAAGGUGGCAGAAAGGAAUAUCCCUCGGAUAAUGACCAACAAGUCGUCAAUAGCCCGAUGUCUCAGUCUUCUGGGGUCAUGUACAGUAUCCUGGGGAAUAUUGAGCACAUCUUGGGCGGAGAGUGUACCGUGCGAGCCACUGUCGAUGAUGCUAUAGUUCCAGAACUUAUCCCAGAUCUCUUUGAGGCUAUCUCGAAACGCGAAAAGAAAAGAGUCCAAGACCGAAUUGCACAACGCGCUGCUCGCCAACGCACCAAAGACCGACUGGCCCUGCUGGAGCUCCAAGUCUCGCAGCUGCAAGGCGGCGCAGACAAGGCACUUUCGGAUGAGCUCAGGCAGAUGCGCAAAGAGCACGACGAGUUGCGCACACUGGCCGAUCAUUUAGUUACUAUCGCUGAAGCAAUGAAAUCAACAUUGAAUUCUAGCGACGACAAAGCCGCCCAGGCUCGGACAGAAGGAGAACACACUGAACCGGAUCUUGGUCUAAUUAGUCGAAUCUUCCUCGACUACGAAGACCUGAAGACGGUCGACUCCACGCCAUUUUCACCGCUCUGUGACACGCACAUCAUAGUAAAUGGAGUACUGAAUGGCUGGGAGGAUCCUGUCAGCGAGAAUGAGGAACCGAUACAGCGCCUCUUGGCUCACUUGCAUCGCCGGUUCAUGCUUUUGCGACCAUUGGCAAGGCCGAUAGACCAGCUGGCCUUGCUGUACCUUGUUCAGAUGGCGUUCUUGUCUUUACUCACACAACACGGAGAGCGCCAAUCUUGUGUGUCUCAGAUUCCAGGCUGGCUACGACCAACAUCAUUCCAGAAGAACUUCCCUCAUAAUAUCUCCAUAGACAUGCUACCAUGGCCACAGCUACGCUCCCACUUGCUCUCUACCCAACCAGAAAAUGCCGUAAUUACCCAUAACGAAGCAUGCGAGACAUUUGCGAUGGAUGCGCUUCGCGACAUGUACUUUUCCCCGGCGCUGAAAUUCGAAGACGCGUACGAAAUCGGCCUUGACCGCAGACUAGCUGUUAGUCCGCAAUUUAGACAACAUUUUUCUCCAGCUUCUCUCUCGUGUCCUUUCGCUGUCGGAUCUGACUUUCUCAUGGCACAUCCUGAUCUCCGAGGUUUCGUUCCUGAGUUUGUCAAGGAAACAAUUAGUAGACCACAACAUUGUACUGAGAGGAUUUCCGAAUUGGCAAGUCUAUCGCCAUUUAACCAGCCGUGCUUACUCCUAGAGAAAGAUCCUGAAAUUCCCAAACUCCUUUCAUCGCAAGAAAAGUCAUCGUCUCAAGAUCUCUGUGGGUCGGAAGAUGCGAACUUGUGCCAUCAUUCUCAGCCAUUGAACCUGAUGGACCCGACCGAAGGCGACUUCGGUUACGAGCCGAGUAGCUAUUGGCAUGACUCCGCUGAGGUAAUGGGCUAUGAUGACAUCGAUGCAACUUGGCUUCUGAGGUCGACCGUCCCAGCUGAAACUCACGAUCAACUCAGCGAGGGCCAGCCUAGCUAG